GGACUGAUAAUAUUAUCACAAUAUCAGUAUUAUUAGCCAUACCUAUACAUCGAAGGACCGCUGGACUCAAUACUCCGUUCUAUAUACCAAUAAAAUUAUGAGUGGGACAAUACUUUAUAAAACGAAUCUUCUCAAGCUCAUCAGUGAUAAAAAAUUCGACCAAAUGUGUCGCAUCUGUAUAUCUGGUAAAGGCCAUUUGAGAAACAUCCAUUGCACAAGAAUCCCAAAGAUGAUGGAGAGUUGUGCCUGCAUAGAGGUAUCUGAUGAAGAUGGAUUACCUCCCAAAAUUUGUGUUUCAUGUUUCCACUUGAUAACCAAAUUCUAUUCCUUCAAGAAAAAAAUGGAGUACACCGACAAAAUACUGAGGCAAGUGCUCAAUGAUAAACUGAAACAAAGUGACAUACUCAAUGUAGCUUUGAAUGAAGCUGAAAUAAACCAAAAUGUAGAUGACAGAGAUGGAGAUGAAUUAAGUGAAGAAGACAUUCCUCUAGCACAAAGGUUGAUUAUUCGAAAAACUAUAGAGUCAAAUACAAAACAAAUUGAGCAGAACCUCAUAUUCCCAUCAGAUGGUCCUCCACCCUUGGUACCAUUAGCCCCUUUGAAGAAACUAGCCCCCAUAGAUGAGCAGCCAGUGCAGCCUUUACCCAUAGACACUCCUCCUUUAGUACCCAUCAAAACAUCACUUCCAAACAUUGAAAAUCUGGAAUACAACUGCAGUACCUGCCAGCAAAAAUUCACUGACGUCACAAUGUUCAAGAACCACAAACUGACCACUUGCCAAGACAAUGCCUUGCAGUGCAGCAUUUGCAAAAAAGAGUUCAAGGACCCCAAAAAGCUCAUCGGUCACUUGAAAGGCCACAUGGUGUCCAAAGAUUACGCCUGCAAAAUAUGCGGCUUACAAUACCCAAACCCCAGCACCGUUCAGAUCCACAUUCGAACUCACACAGGGGAAAGACCCUUCAGGUGCAAAAUAUGCAACAAAGGCUUCAUGAGGGCAGCAGGCGUUCAAGGUCACAUGAGGAUACACCAAGACGUCAAGCCUUACCAGUGCCAGGACUGUGGCAGAGGCUUCAAAGUCGCCUCGAACCUGAGGCGCCACAAGAGAUUGCACACUGGCGAGCUGCCCUACCAGUGCAAAACCUGCCAGAAGAGUUUCUCCCAGUGGGGGAACUUGCAGCUGCACGUGAGAACUUUCCACACGAAUGAUAGGCCUUAUUUGUGCAACGAGUGUGGUAAAAGUUUCGUGAACUCCACAAGGCUGAACAGGCACAUGUGGGUGCACUCGGGCUUUAAACCGUACGUGUGCAGAGUUUGUAUGAAAUCCUACACUAAUUACAAUGAUUUGAAGAACCAUGAGAGAUGCCACACUGGGAAAAACCCGGAGGAAUUCAAGAAGCAUGCUUGUGACUUGUGCGGUAAAAGGUUCUAUCAGCGGUGCAGGCUGGCAAGUCACAAGAAAUCGCAUGAGAAGGUUUACUAUGCUUGUCAGUUUUGCGACAGGCAAUUCUCCUCGGAUGGCUUGUUGAGGAGGCAUUUGGCUAGUAAACAUGACGUUCCCUACGUGAAUAUUAUCGAGAAUGAAGGAAACAACGAUCUGCACUUCAUGGGAUGUGAACAGUUUGAAGUAGCAGAAAUAAUGUUGAAAGGUGAGCUGGAACAGGCCAAUGAUGAACAACUCAGGCUGCCCUAUUGAAUUCUAUGAGAUUUUAUAGGGGUUA